AAAUGGAAAAUUAAGAAGAUACUACAACUCACACUUGUCCUCUGCAACUGAAAACGAUGAAUCGAUGAAUCAUAGCUUUCCGCACCAAACCCAUUACAACUUGCCAUUCUUUUUCGCUCCCACCUCAAAAAUUUGUGAACUUGACAAACAAAUCAUCACGAUUACGGUGGAAGACGGUUGCAAGAUGAGUCCUCGGCCUGAAUACCUACGUCUCCGCCGCCUCCUACACGACUCUCUUCACCGCUUUUCACAUUUGCAGGAUCUCACCCCCUAUCCCUUGACUCAAGAAAUUGAGAAAGACCUUCUAAUUGCUCUUUCUCAGAUUUUCAGACAAGUUAAGCAGCUGAUAGACGAAGUCGACUCUGACGAGGAGGAGCUGUUGGAAGACACUGCUUGUGAGGGUGAAUGUUUGAUUGAUGCAACUGCACAGUUGGACAACCGCCACUGUUUGGUUACUAUCAUUGGUGACUUGAUGUUUUUACUCGCUGUCAACAGUCAGCAUGCUCAACAUUUAGUGGGGAACACCCUUGUGGCCAUUUCCGAGUUUUUGCUUGCAUCAGAUGGUGAUUGGAAUGAUUUCAUGCAGUUGUUGUGCCUUUGCUUGGAUUUGUCAAUUUGCAACGUUCUUAAAUCUCCUUCAAUUAGUGCGUUAGAAACUAGAUAUCUAGAUUUCAAUACAUCUACAAGAUCUUCACUGAAGCUGAAACUGAAAACUGCAAAUUGGUCGGCGGUGGCUGCUAUUUCCCGAGUUAUACGUAAUAUACAAAAAUGUCUGAAGCAAGAUUUCGAUGAGAAAUACGUGAAAACAUACUUGGAUUCUGUCAGCUCUUUAUUGAUAAAUCUUCCGUGGGACUUAUUAAGAGAGAUCUAUGUUGGUCAUAAUCCAGAAUGUCUUAAUGGCCGUGAGGAAAAUGUACUGAAAAUAAAUGUUUCUCAACUGAGAGAAAUGACUACGUUUUUUGGACAUUGCAUUCAGUUACUCUGUUCUUUGGUCACACAAAGCAGUUCUCUUGAAGGCGAACUUGGGUUUUCACCAAUUAUUUGGCGAAUUAUAAAUCUUGUCCCCAAACUUACGUUGUGGUGCCAAGUUGAGGUUCAAAGCCCUUCUCAUGUCCGCAUGUCUCAUUACUUCAGACACAAAGUGCUGAUGCUAAUGGUCAAGCUUAGUUGUACCAUCCGUACUGGGCAAACUAUAAGUUAUACAUGGAUGCAUCUACUGCACAAGUACUUUGAAGAUCUAUUGUUGCAUCCUAUAUCUGGGGGUAAACUUGAUCGAGAUGGCUUUCUGGAAGGGUCACCAUUCUGCACUAGCAUUUUUGAUGCAGAACAACAAAAUUUUCCAUCUUCCCAUUUGCAAAGGCUGGCGAUUUUGCUUUUCUUGAAGUGUUCACUCAAUUUGGUUGGCACACGAGGAGUUCCUGAUGAACAGCAAUGCAUGCAUGAAAACCUGAAACUUAUAAGUUCUUCUCACCUGAAUUUGGAUUCAAGGUCUUGCAGUGACAGCAUAGGUUUAAAAGAGCUCCAUAAAUGGCUUCAAUCUCACGUUCAUGCUGAUAUUAUUCUGAAUGACGAAUUAUAUUUUGAACGAUGUGUGAGAUUCACAUUAUCCUUUAUCCAACUAUUUAUGCACGAGGAUGACAUACUGUUUGAAAUGCUCUUGCAACUAUUUCAUGUGCCAUUUUUUCAAGAACGUGAGAUUAUUGAAGACGAGCCACUUGCUGAAGUGAAGAAUCAUCUUGCUGCUGAUUUGUUUAAUCCCAUUCAUUUGUUCCAUUUAUUUCUUGCUGAGAUAAGCUAUGAUCAUCAAGUUCUUCUUGACUAUCUUAUCUCAAAAGACACUGGAUCCAGCUGUGCUGAAUACCUUUUGAGGUCAUUACGAAUCAUUUGCAAUUCUUGGAGUUUAUUUGUUGAAUUUCCGGGAGUGAAAGAUGAUUCCGGCCAAUUAUGUGUAAAGAGACGGAAGGUUUUAGCAGAUUCUAGAGAUAUCAAGGGAGUAACAUAUCUGGCAUCAUUGAAAGAGAGUGGGAUUCCAUCACUUGAGACAGAGCGUAACGAAGACCAUGCAUAUGUCAAUAAGAGCUCUACCAAUUUUAAACUACCAUUCGUCGCUGUUAGGGAUUGCUUGGCUUCAUUGACCACGUCUGUUGACAGUCUUAACAGAAAAGGUUUAUUUCCAUAUAAUCCACAAGUGCUUCUGCGGCGUUUGAUGAAGUUUGAGGAGCUCUGUUUUCAGCAAUAAAUUAGUGAAACUCUGUUUGAAUAAUCUAUUCUGAGUUGGCUCUAAGAUGGAGACUGCAGUUAGACAAUAUAACAAAGAUGGAGCCAUGUCCGGCCGCCACGGCCUCGUCGGCAACCAGAUUUGCUUGAAUCUCACCUCUUAGAUGAGAUUUCUUCACAAUCUGAGCUAAACCACCCAUUCAAAUUCUCCAUAGACCUGCACCUGCAGCGUCUAACAAGAUGCCGAUUCCUUCGUUGAAAUGCCGGAGAAGAUGGAGGAGAGGCGUAAGCCAAUGAACCGGAGAAUUUGCUGCCCGGGGAAGAGACAGAGCUGCUGAUUUUGGGGGAAGCAAAUCGACGAUGGUUGGAUUAUCAGAUCUAUUCGAUGAAAUCAAACACCAAGAGAGAAAAAUUAAUAUUAGGGAUAAAUUUGUAUUUUAGUAUAGAAAAUGACUAAUUUUUAAGUUUUUUAUUUGUAUGAAUAAUUUUUAUUUUUACUAUAAUAAAGUGGUCAUUUUCAUA